CGAAGGUUGAGGGGCAACUUUCUAGAGCCUUGGUGGGGGCGGAUCGGAGGAGGGCCAGCUGCAACCGAAGAAAAAUGAGCGGGCCCUGUUUCUCUCCAACAACUUCUCCUGACGACGUCAUCCUGCGCAACCAGAAUGUACUGCACCGACAAUUUAUUAGUCUGACGAAGAGGACAGUAAUUUAUCGGUGGCUCUAAACCCAUCACCAUGAGCGGGUUGCUUUGUUCCGAGGCCCGCCAAACUCUAAUGCGAACUGCAGCUCGUCGCACCCUCCCGACAGUCUCUACACCGGCCUUGUCGAUUCAAACACGUUUGCGAUGGAUAAAUUUCUCGUCGCAAUCGAUAGCGAGAGGAAAGUUACAUUCUAUAACAUCAUAUAAACCACAGCAAAAACGGCUUUUAGUACCACACGGCGGCGCUAUAAGGACACUGUUCUCUCACAAGAUCCUGCGCGACUAUGAGGAACUCCCGCGAGAGUACAAAGACCAAGUCGGUCUGCAAUUUCGCAGCAAGGACUUAGAAGAAGCAGCAACCGACUUAUUAUUUCACAAGCAGCUCACGGCCCCGGCGGCUAAUCACUUGCUACGCGUUUUGCAUGGUCGACGAGUUGCAGGGACGCUAGACGACCCCCAAUAUGCUAUUCACACUGCACAGUUCACCCAUAAGCAGAGGGCUACUGCUUUAGCAUACCUACGAAAGACAGUCCCGAUAGAAGAAAUCCGAAAUGCUGGAUUGAGAGCCGAAGAUGAAUUGGAGCAGAUUGAAAAGGAUUCUAUUAAAGCUGCUGAGAAGUCGAAAACAGGCGAAACAGGGGCUGCCCAGGACCAGGCCGAGGCGUUCAAGAUCGACCCCCUUUAUGGAGCGAGCUCAUUUGACCAAAUUCGAGCCCGCAACCAAGCAAAACAGAAAGCUCGCGAAGAUGCAUUGGAAGAAGAAAGAAAGGCCAAGCUGGCUGAAGAGGAGGCGGCACAAGCUGGACCGCUGGCGACGCGAGAAGAAUACGCAAGAUCGAUUAGGAACCCAAAAAUUGUCAAGUACUACGAAGAAGCUCAGUCAGAGAUUACAGAACCUCCUCAGAUGAGCCGACUGCAGAGAAUUGCGCCAUCCGCUGCGCUAGUUGCUCUCGCAGUCUCCCUUCUUGCGGGUAUCGCCUUGGUCUACGAGGAACCUGCAGCCAAGUACAGGCUUUUUCCAGAUAUUCCAACCUCAUGGGCUACAGUUGCAACGCUAAUUGCGGCCAAUGCUGUAGUAUAUAUUGGUUGGAGAAUCCCUCCACUGUGGAAGCUCUUCAAUAAGCAUAUGCUUGUCGUAGUUGCCACGAUUCGGCCAACGACGAUGUUCACAGCCAUGUUUUCGCAUCAGCGCAUCAGUCACCUAUUUAUUAACAUGGUUCCUCUGUGGUUUGUUGGAACAAAUCUGCAUGACGAAAUUGGUCGGGCCAACUUUUUAGCUUUAUACCUGUCAUGUGGCGCGAUGGGCUUUCUGGGCAGUUUGGUAACAUAUACACUACGUGGCUGGCUGAAUGUUACAGCGCUGGGAGCAUCAGGCGCGACAUUGGGGCUCUGCUCCGCUUACUUUUGGGAACAUAGAAUGGAUGGCUUUAAGAUUCUUGGCCUGCCGCAGGAUGGUGUUCAUGGCAUUGUGUUUCUAGCACUGAUUUUUGCCUUGCAACUCACGGCUUUCGGUCGGACGGCCAAGUUGAAGGUGGACGUUGCGUCACAUCUGUCUGGCAUGGCGGCGGGUAUUGCAGGCAUGGAGCUCAUAAGCAGAAGCGACGCCAUGAUCGGGAAGAGGAAAGACGGCAAGAAUAUCAUCGAGGUCAAGCUUGACGUUCCUUUGAAGACAGAGGCUGACGAGAAGGAGGAGAGUGCUAAAUGGUGGAAAUUUUGGUAAGAAUUGUGAAUUCUACCCAAAAAUAGUGUAUCAUAGUGUUUUUCUUUUAGACCAACUGUAUAUCUAUCUGCAUCAUUUGUUUC